UUUAUUAUCAAACAAAACAAAUGUGUACGUUGGAAAGCUGUCGUUUUUGAGUCUAAUUUUACCAAAACACUUUCUCUAUGUUAAGUUAAAAAUCGACACUCGUGAUGCUCUAAUCAGUAGUAUUUCAAUCAUUUAGAUUAAACGUUUCGUUUUUUUGUGUAACCCUUGAGGUAAGGACAAUACGAUUUUAUACAAGCAUUCUAUAAUUAAUUAACAAGAAAACUAAUGGAUCAAAACCGUUCAGAGAAUGGGAACAGUCAGCAACAAAAUGUCCACUUACACAUGCAUCAUGUAUGUAACUGCCAAGGAGGUAUAUACCCAUCGUACUACCCUACGGUAGGCUAUAGGGCUCCGAUACCAUCGCUAGUGCCUUAUCAUCCCACCUCAACGGUAGCCAGGCCCUACUUACAACACUAUCAGUAUACCCAGUUCAAUCUUGGCAAUCAAUACGGUCUUCCUAUGGGGCACGUUAGCGGAUCGAAUACGUCGAUUUAUGGCCCGGCAAAUUCUAGUUCCAGUACCAUCGAUCUUGUAUAUGCAGGAGCUGCUGUUAAGGACAGAAGAGAAAGGGAAGACGGAACUGCAGAAGUUGAUCGAAUCAAUGAUCCUCCAGAAGGGUACGAUUUUGGGCAAAUUACUCCUCCGGCGAACGAACUGCUGAGUACUGCUGAGCCAACGACUCAAGAAAACUUCGUCAAAUUUUUGGAAAAGAGCUGCCUAACUGCGGAACAGAUUGCUUACAGAAAUCGCAACCGACCUUGCUUUCGUAACAUUCAAAACUUGUGCAUCCGAACCAGAUCCGAAAUAUUAAAACCUUGCACUACUAUUUCAAAUAUUCAUUCCCAGGGCAUCCCAUGGGCCACUAAAGAUUUUAUUUAUGCGUUCGUACGGCUGACUAAUUGUUGGCAUAUUUUGAAAGGAUACUGGGAAAAUCGAGAUGGAUCAAGUUUGGGAAAGAUUGAAAAAGAACUUACACCUGAAUUUCGGUCCUGUUAUGUACGAUGGGAGAAAGAAACUAUGGAACUGGCUGGACAGUUGACAAAAAUUUUCUACAAUCUAGACACAAAUCUUAAUACGUCCAGUUCAGGGGCCAAUGUGUAUUCGGUUAAUAACUUAAUACCAUCACAGAUCAAUUUGGUUAAAAGUGCUUCGGAAGGAGCCAUGAAAAAACCUACAACCUCAAGCGAUACUGCUACUACAUCUACUGUUACUAACGGAAGCGACUCUUCUAGAAACAUUCGGGGAAUCCUCCAUUUACCUAUUAACAAUUCUCCUCCAAUGACGGAAACUAUUGAUCAAGCCAAUCAAACUUAUUCUGGCGAUUUUUGUGCCAAAGAAGAAUAUGAUUCUGAGGAAGAGCGUACUAGAAGGGUUUACAUGAAACCAGGGAGCUACAACGUACCAAAAAAAGGCUUGGAACCUGGAGCUUCCGGAAAUAGUCCCAGAGGCAUAGAAUUUCUUGAAACUGCCCAGAACGUGAACAAAGUUAGAGAAGCAUCCAAUGGACGUUAUUGGGCAAAUAUACUUCUAUCAGCAGGGAAAACGUUGAGUCAAGAAUAUAAAUCACUAUCUGAAGCUGAUGAUAGUUGUCCACACCUGUUGGAGUCAGAGGUUCCCAUAAACCCAGAUAGUUCACCAUCAAUUAAUGUUCAGGAAUGGCUGGUAAAUAACAAUUUUUCUAACUUCAUUGAACCACAGGCUCCUGCUGCCCUACAAGAACUGAAGACUUACUAUCUAGAUGGUCCUUACAACACUCUCCCCCAUUUGGAUACAUCUAUUUCUAUUGACAAUAAAAAUCAAUAUUCCUCGCCUAUCACUUUACUACAGCAAUCCAUCGCGCCUAAUGGAAGUGGCUCAACAGUCGGAAUCGCAAAUGGGAUGGGCGAGACUGUUAUCUCGAGAAGCUUUAGGAGACCACAUGGAUCCAGCCCCAUACAUUCCCAAACACAGGGAAAUGAAUCCAACCCAUUCGAGUUGAAAGGCGGUGGAUUAACUGGAAUCGGACAAUGUGCACUUGAAAAUGUGGUGAAAAGUUUCAGAGAACAUAUGAUGAGGUCUGCUGUUGAUGGAGAGGUAAUUUAUAUUAUAUUCAUUGUUAUAAAAUCAAUAUUUCUUGUAAUGCACGUACAUUCAGCUCGGCUUAUACCUAAAAGCUUAUUAUUAAUAGAAAUAUAUUUUUCAAGUUAUACUAACUUUACAUUUUAUAAUUUGGAACUACUAAUUGGUGACUACAGGUUCAUCUUAAAUAAUUGUAAACUUUGUGGGAGGCGAUAUGUCAUUUUGCUAUGUUAUGCAACGGAAACGAGCCAUGACUUGAUGAUUUAAAAUUAGCAAUUGAGUUGCAAAGAACUUUUUUUGGAGUACGGAGAAAACAGUUUAAUUCAUGUCACAUCAAUGUUCGAUUAUGUUCAAAACACGGAAACUGGCAAAUGGAAACAAAAGGCAUUUAAAUAUUAGGUCGAAGCAAGAUAGUUUUACCAUUGAGAAUUUUAGUUCUUCAAAAAAAAAUUGAUUUUUAAAACACGUUUUACUGUUUGUACUAUAAUACUGUCAUAUCAUGGCUAAUUUUAUUUUUACGGCUUAUAUAGCAUUUCUGGAAAAUACAUUUACCCUUAGGCUGUAGUAAUUGGAAAAUAU